UAUUACCGAUGAGUUUCACACCAUGGCUGAUGUUGGCUGGUACUCAUCGGGAUUUAGACUCUGCACCUGCGCCUUUCAAUUCAUGUUCGGUAAGCUGUACAAGCUCUUCUCCGUCAAGCGCAUAUUCAUGCUCGCCAAUGCUAUACUCUUGGUGGGAUCUUUGCUCUGCUCCACGGCCACAACAUCCACCAUGUUUGUUGCUGGGAGAGCCGUGACUGGAGUGGGCUUUGGGGGUAUCCUAGGCGGGUUAUACACUAUUCUUACACAUAUCCUGCCACUUCGGCGACGACCUCUUUUCUGUGGAGUCUUGGGAGGCGUCGAAAAUCUAGCCAUUAUUGCCGCUCCCAUUAUUGGCGGAUCCCUGACACAAUCGCUUGGUUGGCGGUGGUGCUUCUGGAUCAACCUACCUAUUGGGGGUGUUGCGCUUCUGGUGACAUUUUUCCUAUUUUCGGAUCCAAGUCCGGGCGACAGAAGUAUGGGGUUCAGACAGAAAAUAGUCAAACUCGAUUUGCUGAGCAACCUGCUCUUCAUUCCAGCGCUGACUAGCCUUUUCAUUGCAUUUUCUUGGGCUGGAACCAAGUAUCCCUGGGACGACGGCAAAGCCAUCGGGCCCUUGUUACAUUUGCAGUUCUCAUCGCUGCCUUUUUAUACAAUCAACGCCGACUGGGUGAUGCCGCUGCUUUACCACCGCAAUCGCAGCGUCAUUGCCGGCGCAAUAUUCGGCCUCUGCACCAACAGCGCUAUCAAUGUGCUCGAGUAUUAUUUGCCAACCUACUAUCAGAUUGUGCGCGGGUAUUCUCCAAGUGAAAGCGGCUACAUGAUGAUCCCAAUAGUUGUUGGUGCUACCAUCGGGAUGUUGCUUUGCGGGUCGGGAACCAGCACAAUCGGUUAUUACACGCCAUUCAUGCUCUUUUCCUCAGUGGCGAUGCCGAUUUUCGCAGGCCUGAUUACGACAUUCGGAGUCAACACUAGUUUCGCCCGGCUUAUCAUGUACUCCGGAGUGUCUGGCUUUGCCAGUGGAGUAGCCUUCAACGCACCAAUUACUGCCGUGCAAACUGUGCUAUACUCACUUGUGAUUUCUAUCGUUCUUUUCGCACAAAACUUUGGUCCUGCCGUCUUUAUUGCUGUUGCUCAAGUCAUUUUCACGAAUCAACUCGCGACUAAUCUGGCUGGCGUACUCCCAAACAUCGAUGCUGUGACCAUUCAAGACAAUGGGCUGACAGACAUCAUGAGACAGGGACCGGCAAAUCGACAAAUGGAUAUCCUUGAGGAUAUUGGCAAAAGCUUGAGCCAGACGUGGUAUUUGGCUGUUGGGUUGACAUGUGCGACGUUGAUUGGAAGUCUACUCAUGGAAUGGCGAUCUGUGAAACAAAAGAGUGCUUGA